UAAUGAGUAUGGGAGAGACAGUUCAUUGUCGUCGAUGGCAUGAAGAAGAAGAAUCAGUGGCAGCCGCAGCAGCAUUACCAGAACAGUAAACGAAAGGAAAAUGACAAAUACGGAAAACUGAAAGAAAUGACGAAAAUAGCAAACACAAAAGAAAAAUCCAAAAAAGAUUGACAAGAAAAUCAAAGAAAAAAGAAUUUGGAAAAAUUUGUUUUUCUUUAUGUGUGUGAUUCUUAUAUAUUUUUAAGUGUUUACCGGAAGAAAGUAAAGGAAAGGCGUAAAGCUGCAGGCUUUUUAGCUGACUAUACAAAGCUAACCGAUGGGGGAAAGGGGCAAAAUUUUGCAUUACAUUUAAAUCUACACCACCUGCAGCGAAAAACUCCGUCAAACCAGAAAAGGGAUAACGCAGAAAAGAAGUAACAACAACUGAACAAAGUUAAAAGAAACCCCCAUCCGCAAACAAACAAAACAUUUUUCUACGAAAGACGACAAAAAAGCGGCAAAACACCGAACAGAUACAAGACUGAAACAAUCCAAGAACAAAAAUCAAAUUCUUCAAUUCCCCCACUACACCAAAAUAAAAAAAAGAAGUCCUUAAACGAUUAACAAAUUGCCUACACCUCGAUAAUAUUAAAUAUCACACGUCGUAAAUCGAACAAGGAUUUUUGCGCUAAUUUGGGGAAACCCCAAAAAAGUCAGCUUUUCGCCUGUAUCCGCCAGCGAUCAUCAGCAUUUUCUCGCCGUUAUAUUCACCGCUGUUCAAUUGCUCUCUCAUAAGAAGUUCAUCAUUAUCAACCUUCUCUACCUCUUUCCGCAACUUCUACUGAUUUUCUAACGUGAAAAAAACGAAGCCCAGUAUUCUGCAGUAGUACAUCAUCAAUCAUCGCAGCGAACAAAUACCGGCGGUAGCAUCAUACAUUUAGCGUAUAAUUUAUAUUUUCCUCCCGCUUAUUGUGUGUGUUCGUUGAACAUCAACUACUGUCAUCAUCACCUCCAGCGGCGGCGACAUCACCAUGGAUGAUUUAGUAGUCGAAGUUCGGCUCGAGAAUGGUGCCUAUUAUAAGGGUAUGGUGAAAAGUGUACAUGAAGAUGGUGUAUGUUGCGAGGUUGAUGGAGUUCCAGAGAUUCAAAAAUACCCCUUCAAUAAUGUACGCUUUCCACCCAACGAACCGUCGGAGCCGCCUGUCUAUGAGCCCGGCCAAGAGGUGGAGGUUCUUACACGCCCCACAAACAGUGAAGCCUGCGGUUGGUGGUUGGGAGUUCUGAAAAUGUUGAACAUGGACAUUUGUGCUGUUGUAUAUCCCGGUUUGGAACAUCCCUAUACCGAGGUAGUGGAUUUAGAAAGACUGCGCCCAAAGAAUCUCAAUCCGCCAAUUACAUCCAAAACAUUUUAUCAGCUCACAAUACCAGUACCCGAAGAAUUGCGUGCGGAAGCACAAAAAGAAGACAUUCAUAAGGAAUUUCAACGCAGUAUAUGCGCUGGCGUUUGCGUUUAUAAUCCCGAACUGAAUGCUCUAGUUGUGAUUUCCAAAUGGGAAAUGACUGAGAAACGCGCCAAUUUGCUAAAAGAUAUGCAUUUUCGUAACUUAUUACAAAAGUAUAUGAUUUUAAAACAUACUGAAGAGGCUACUCGCCAAUUGAAGUCAACUAAACUACUUAACCGUGGGCAUGUAGAUGUCUUUCAGGUGCGUGAAGACUUAAUGGGUCUGGCGAUUGGUUCACAUGGUUCCAAUAUUCAAGCAGCCCGCCUUCUGGAAGGUGUCACCAAUAUUGAACUUGAAGAGAAGUCGUGUACAUUUAAAAUAACCGGUGAAUCCGAAGAAGCUGUACAGAGAGCCCGAGCCAUGCUUGAAUAUGCCGAGGAAUUAUUUCAUGUACCGCGCGACUUGGUGGGUAAGGUUAUUGGCAAAAAUGGUCGCAUAAUACAAGAGAUUGUCGACAAAAGUGGAGUAUUUCGAAUUAAGGUGAUUGCUGGUGACGAUGAACCGGAUACUAAUAUACAACGUGAGCCGGGUCAUGUGCCAUUUGUGUUCAUUGGUACCGUUGAAAGUAUUGUUAAUGCCAAAGUAUUGCUGGACUAUCAUUUGGCGCACUUAAAGGAAGUUGAGCAAUUACGCCUAGCCAAAUUAGAAAUCGAUCAACAAUUACGAGCCAUCCAAGAAUCUUCUGUGGGUUCUGUGCAAAAUUUCCCUUCGUCUCGUCGUUCUGAACGUGGUUAUAGCAGUGAUAUUGAAUCAGUUCGUUCCAGUCGAGGAGGUCCGCGUGGUCGUGGACGGGGACGCAGUGGCGGCGGCAAUGGUGGUGGCAAUCAACGUUACAAUCAAGGUCGUCGUGGUGGUGGCGGCGAUGAAGAUGAUUACAACUCACGUGGCGAUAAUCGUUACAAUGAUCGCAACAGCGGAGGUGGUGGCGGCGGAUAUCGAGGUGGCGAUCGUCGUGGCGGCCAGAGACGUAACAAUCGUAGCAAUGAACAAAAUGGCAGGGACCACCAGUACUAUAAUCAAAACAGUGAAAAUGUACAAGAAGUUCGUGAACAGAGUAGUGUUGAAAGAGCUGAAAGUAAUUCUUCAUUUGAGGGAAGUUCACGAAGACGCCGAAGACAAAAGAGCAACGUACCCCAUAACACGAACUCUGGCAUGUCAAACAACAAAUCCCAACAAAAUAGUAAACCACCUCAACACAAUGUUGAUAAAAACAAUGCUGGCGGCGGUGGUGGAACAAGUGGAAAUGUUGCAGACAGAUCAAAACAGAAUACCUACAACAACAAUAAUAAUAAUAGUAACAACAAUAAGGAUCCAAAUACUGCGGCAGUAAACAAGGGAGGCGACUCGCAAGCGGUAACUGGAAGUGGUAAUGGUGGUGGUUAUAAUAAUGCAACACAGCCACAACAGCAACCACCCAUGCAACAGCAGCAACAACAGCAGCAGCAGCCUCAGCAACAACAACAGCAGCCACAAAAUCAACAGCCAAAGGCAAGACGUAAUAGAAAUCGCCAACAACAAAAUCAUGCAAACGAUCAUCCAAAAUCGCAACAAUCACAGCCACCACCACAACAACAACAGCAGCAGCAACAUACACAGGCUAAAAAGGAAACUCUUGUGAAUGGAACUUCCUAAUUUACCGUACAUUGGUAAACACCAUCAUCCACACAAUAACACCCAUCCGAAACCCCUCCCUUGCGACUCUCAUAUUUCUUUAGACCACUUCUUUAACUGAUAUGUUGUUAUCAAACAUUUCUUUAUUUUUCGUUCUUAUUUUGAAUACUUUGAUUUAGAAAUGUAUGAUCCUUAAAUCCACACCACUCACUCAGAAUUAAUCAAAAGGAUCACAAAAUUGUUAUCUACUUUUAUGGCUUCUUUUGUUCUCAGAUUUAUUUCACUGCACCAUCUCCCUUCCUCCCUCCUCCUUCCUUCCCUCCUAACCAUUAAAACACAUUUUCAUACGAACUCCUUUCACGAGUUUUUGCAACAAUUAUUUUUUAUUUUGUUUCAAAAACCAAACAAAACAACAAAUAUUCACAGAACUUUAUAACAUUAGAAAUGAAAAAAAAAAAGAAUUUUAUAAAACAAAAAAAAUAAACACAUUAUAUAAUACAAAUGCAAAUUUAAUUUUAUGAAACAUAAAAAAAAAAAAUAAAACAAAAUCUAUAUAAUAACGGUACAUAUUAUUUAAUAAUAAAAAAACACCCCAACAACAAACUAUAUGUAACUUAUAUAAAAUAAUAAUAAUAAAAACAGCAAGAAAAUUAAAUAAACAUAAAAUAACAACAACAUACAAGUAAUUAUAUUUAUAAAUCUUAAAAAAAAAAAACAGAAAAAGAAGAAAACAACAAAUUUAAUUUAAUAAAACAAACAAAUGAUAAAGGGAAAAAAUAUAAAUGCAACUGAAAUAACAACAACAAAUAUUAAUUUAAUUGAUAAAUUGAUUUAAAAUAAAAUACAAAUGAAACCGAAAUUUUACUAGAAAUAUAAAUUAAUUACAAAACCAACAGCACUUAAUUUGAUAAACAGAAACCAGAAUUAAAUAAAAAAACAGUAAAUUAAACAAAAGAAAACAGAACAAUGUUAACUAACAACAUUACUAAUUUUUAAGUUUUAUGUAAAAAUAUAUAUAAACUUUCAUCUUUUUUA